AUGCCGCCGCCGGCCACAGCCGUCGCCUCGCCGGCCCUCCGCCGCGAGGACCUCCUCCGCGUCGCCUCCACGCUCCGCUCCCUGCUGGCCGCGGCGCCCUACGCGCCCCCCGAGGGCUCUGACACCUCCGUCAAAUCCCUCCUCUCAUCUCUCCUCCCGCCCCCCUCUGAGCCCCCGACGGGCGGGGCCGGCAAGGAGGCCGUGGACCUGCUCCUCUUCUGCGCGGCCGCCCGCGCGGCCUCCGCGGAGGCCCCCGCGCUGCACUGGGUCCCGGAGGGGCUCUCCAGGGCCGCGGCGGCCGCCAUGGAGGAGAUGGCGACGGCGGGCGGGUGGGGCGGCGUCGGGGAGAUGUUGGUGGCCAUGAUGUCGGAGGCGGUGCCGCCGCUGAAGGACGUGCUGAAGGUUACGGGCGUGGACGCCAAUGAUGACACCAUGAUGAUUGGGGGCGUGAAGCCGCCCAAGGAGCACGCCUUUGUCGCCGCGCACCAGUUCCGGUGGCUGUUGUCUCAGAUUAAUUACCCGAAGCUUGGCGAUCUGUGCUGGUUAGUCAUUCCAUGUGCUUUGACGGCAUUGGAUCAUUGGUCGCCGGACGUUAAGGAACAAGGAAUGAUUAGCUUCAUGCACAUAGCAAAGAAUGUGAAAGUGACAGAAUUAAGUUUGUAUGAAGAUGCAAUACUUGAUGCCUGUUGCCAUAACAUUCCUGCAGAUGAUGAGUUAUGGUAUCGCGUUGUUGAGGUAUCGGUGCUGCUGUUGACUUGCACUCAGAGAAGCAAUCCACGUAGCCCUUGGUACGACCGUGUACUCUCUGAGAUGUUGGGACACCUGGAACGGCAACCACUAAACAAAGAACGUCGUGUUGCAUGGCUUACCCUUAUUGGGCCAGUUUUGGAUGCUAUGGGCCUCUUCCUAUUGGCACAUUUUCGUCUCCUGUUCUCUCUCUUUUUCCAAUGGAUGCAUGCUGAUGAUGAUAGAACAGUUCUUCUGGUUUUAGAGCGAAUUCAUACAGUUGUCAAGCUCACCUGGAUCAGGAAGUCACCCUACACUUCAAGACUGGUGGAUGAGCUUGUCCUUUUGUAUAAGGAGUCAGCCACGAGAAAGAGUCGGGAGAUCAUGCGAAAUCACAUAGUGGAAAUACUCAUGCUACUCCAGAAAUGCAAGGGGGAGCAGUUUGAGGAAGCUUGGAAGAAGCAUGAAGCUGACCCAGAUUUAACAUUGCUGCUAUCCCGUUUCAGACAACUAUGCACCGAAGAUGGUUUGCCAGAAUUUUGAGUUCAACUGAUAUUCUCGCUGUAGAUAGUUGUUUAACAUAGAUCAAAUCAAUGCUGUUACAUCUUAGCUGUCAGUGUUCGAAUUCGGGUCCUUGUAUUUGCAUGCAUUUUUUCCUGUAAGGUUUGCCCACCUACUCUCAAGGAUCGAAGAGCACUGGAGGCUUCUGGUCCUGAUGAAAGCGCGGUGGCGCUGGCUUGAUACAUGAACUGAGGUAACAUACCAGGGGCAAGCCACUCUUAUGCUGUAACUUUGUAACUUCUUUAGAGAAAUGUAGGUUUGUAACAGUGUACCAAAUCAAGGCAUAAAACCCUUCCAUUUUAUAGAAAUGUACUAGGUUCGUAACUGUUUAA